UCUUUUUUCUUUUUUAAUAUCGAUUUAUACCUUUACAUGACCAAAAAGAAAAGAGGGAAGCAAAGACAGCUUGAGUCUAAAACUGCUUACUGACUUGAUCGUCAGAGAGCUUUUUGCCAGCACACACCCCUCCACUCCAAUCUUAGGUUUGCUCACGAUUAUUCUCAAUUUUGCAAAUAGCUUGAGUUUGUGUCUCCACUAUUACGGCAGUGCACAAAUUUAGUUCCAACACUACUCACGGAGCCUUUAUUAGGAAUAUGAAUAUAAGUUCACACUGCAAACUUUCCGAUUUCUAUUUUAAAGAGACAAAGACUUCAACACAGUAACAAAAUUUAGACUUAUCAGACAAAGACCAUAAAAGUGCAACAAUAUUAAAAAUAUUCACAGACAAAAACCAUAAAAGUGUAACAAUAUUCAAAGUCUUCAUUCAAAGUCUUCAUAGACAAAUACCAUAAAAGUGUAAAAAAAUUCUAAGUCUUCCCAGACAAAGACCAUAAAAGUGUAAAAAAAUUUACGGACAAAGACCAUACUAGUGUAACAAAAUACAAAGACCAUGAAAGUGUAAAAAAUCCAAUUUCUAUUUUAAUAUGGCAUUUGUAUCAAAAGUCAAGAUAACAAAAACAAAUAGAGGAUAUGCAGAUUAAUAAUGCAUCUCACUAUAAGUAAAGCCCUGAGUUGCUUAAAAAAAGAUAUACACAAAAACCACGAUGAAAUUUUCAGCUUAUUGUGAUAAAGCAUGCUUUCUAGCUUGCCUCAUCUUGUCUCUUCAGCUAAAUUCAUCACAAAAAAUUGCUUUUGCUUCUACCAAUUCCACUGAAGCAGAAGCACUUCUCAAAUGGAAAGCUAGCUUUCAAAGCCAAACCCAAAACAACCUGACCUCGUGGAUGAAUGCAAAUGAAGCCCCAUGCAAUACUUGGACUGGUGUUUCAUGCAACUCAGCUGGAAGUGUCAACAGAUUAGACCUCAUCAAUUCUGGUAUACAAGGUACUCUACUUGAAUUUCCAUUCAUGUCCUUGCCUAAUCUUGCAUAUGUUGACCUCAGCUACAAUAAACUUUUUGAUCAAAUCCCACCUGAGAUCAGUUCCCUCACCAAACUCAUCUAUUUUGAUGUAUCCUACAAUCAAAUGUCUGGAAAAAUCCCACCUGAAAUCGGUCUUUUAACAAACCUUCAGGUCCUUCACCUAAAUGAAAAUAAGUUCAAUGGCUCCAUUCCUCAAGAAAUAGGCCAAUUUAAAUUUCUCUAUGAGCUAGCUCUAGACUUAAACAAUUUAGAGGGUUCAAUUCCAGCUUCUGUGGGUAAUUUGAGCCAAUUGAUUUCUUUGUUUCUCUUUGGAAACCAACUUUCGGGUUCUAUUCCUCCCGAAAUAGGAAACCUUUCGAAAUUAGGUGAACUUUACAUGUAUGACAACUAUUUAUCAGGCCCAAUCCCUCGGAGUUUCGGAAACUUGAAAAAUCUAACCCGGAUGUCCUUGCACAACAAUACCCUUUCUGGUUCGAUCCCAACUUCUUUGAGCAAUUUGACAAAGCUUGUUUCUCUCUCUCUCUACGGUAAUAAUCUUUCUGGCACUAUUCCUGAAGAGAUUGGAAACUUGAAAUUUCUUGUGAGUCUAGACCUAACCCACAAUCAGCUCAACGGAACCGUUCCCUCUUCAUUCGGCAACUUGAGCAGCCUAGAAAACUUAUAUCUCCGCGGCAACCAGCUAUCUGGAUCAAUCCCCCAAGAGAUGGAGAAUCUAAUGAAGUUGACCAUACUUGUCUUGGCUACUAACCGAUUUUCUGGUUAUUUGCCUCGAGAUAUUUGUAGAGGUGGACUCCUACAAAGGUUAACUGCACAAGAGAACGAAUUUACAGGUCCAAUCCCGAAAAGCUUGAAAGGUUGCAAGAGCUUAGUCAGAGUCAGUCUCCAACGGAACCAAUUUACAAGCAAUAAUAUAUCUGAAGACUUUGGUGUCUAUCCGAAUCUUCAGUUUGUAGACCUAAGUUACAACAACUUAUCUGGCGAAAUCUCAGGCAUCUGGGGACAGUGUCCAAAUUUAACAACUCUACGGAUUGCGGGCAACAACCUUACUGGGAGCAUACCAUCUGAGAUUGUCAAUGCAACUAAAAUUCAAGAACUCGAUUUUUCUUCGAAUCAUCUAGUUGGGGUGGUUCCCAAGAAUUUGGGGAGAUUGACUUCUAUGGUGAAUCUAAAGUUGAAUGGCAAUCAACUUUUUGGUUUUGUACCCUCAGAAUUUGGAGCAUUCAGUCAACUCGAAUAUCUUGACCUAUCCACCAACAAGUUGAAUGGCUCAAUUCCAAGCAUUUUUGGCGAAUUGGUCCAUUUAAACUACUUGGAUUUGAGCAACAACAAAUUCAGUCAAGAAAUUCCAUCUCAGUUGGGCAAGUUAUUUCACCUGUCACAGUUAGAUUUGAGUCACAACUCACUUGACGGCAAGAUACCAUCAGAAAUUAGCAAUAUGCAGAGCUUGGAGCGGCUGAAUCUUUCCCACAAUAAUCUUUCCGGUCUCAUUCCAGCAACGUUUGAUGGAAUGCGAGGCUUGUUGUACAUAGACGUAUCCUACAAUCGCUUGCAAGGUCCCAUCCCCAACAACCAAGCGUUUCAAGAUGCUCACAGCUUUGAAGGGAACGAAGGAUUGUGUGGAAAUGUUGGAGGUCUAGAAUCCUGCAAUAAGCACGUCUCAAAAAGAAAAAACAACAGAAAACUCGUGUUUGCAAUCGUUUUCCCUUUCUUGGGAGCAGUUUUACUUGCUUUCCUUGCAAUUUUCUUCAUCAAAACAAGAAGAAAGAAAGAGCGGGAAACAAAAAAGAGAGAUAUCCAUGAUGAAGUUUUUUCAAUCUCUCUUUUUGAUGGGAAAAAAAUGUAUUGGGAGAUCAUAAGAGCAACCAAUGCUUUUGACUCCAUAUUUUGCAUUGGGAAGGGAGGAUCUGGAAGUGUCUACAAGGCAAAGCUACCAUCAGGCAGCAUGGUUGCAGUGAAGAAACUCCAUAAAAAACUUGACGGCGAGGAGACAUCGCAGGAGUUCCACAAUGAAAUAAGUGCACUAAUCAAUAUACGACAUCGAAACAUUGUGAAAUUUUGUGGCUUUUGCUCAAAUUCACAGCAUUCCUUUCUGGUCUAUGAAUAUCUAGAAAAGGGUAGUCUGGCUUCAAUCUUGAGCAAAGAAGACGAGGCAAAAGAAUUGGAUUGGAGUAGGAGGGUGACAAUUGUAAAAGGCGUAGCUCACGCACUGUCUUACCUGCAUCAUGAUUGUGUACCGCCAAUUGUACAUCGAGACAUAUCAAGCAGCAACAUUUUGCUGGAUUACGACUACGAGCCUUGUGUUUCAGACUUUGGCACUGCUAAGCUUUUGAAUCCAGACUCAUCAAAUUGGAGCUGCCUUGCAGGCACAUACGGAUAUAUAGCACCAGAGUUGGCCUACACAAGGAAGGUAACUGAGAAAUGUGACGUUUAUAGCUUCGGAGUGCUGGCAUUGGAGGUCAUCAUGGGAAAGCGACUAGGCGAUUUAAUUUCGUCCAUUUCGUCUCCAUCCGAUUGUGAAAACAAAUUGCUGAAGGAUGUAUUGGACCAACGACUUUCACCUCCUACACCUGAAGUUGAAGAUGAACUGACAACCAUUGCAAAGGUAGCAAUUGCAUGCAGGCACUCGCGACCGCAAUCGAGGCCAACAAUGCACAUGGUUUCUCAAUCAUUAUCAUUUCAAACUGCAGCUUCCACUAGAGGACCAGACAUCACGCUUGAACAACUCAUUAAGAUUUAAAUUGCGUUUGACAUUGUUUGAGUAGGCACAGAAGUCAGAUCUUCUUGUUUAAAUAUAUCAUAUAUGUAAUCUAUUAUAUUUGCAGGUAAAUUGAGAAUAAGAGAGGAGUGCUAUUUAGUAUUUACUAUUGAUGGUCUGGUUUCUUACGAGAAGAAAUCGUUUUGAUGGUUAUAUCUUUUCAGCUUUUCUCAUUCCUGCUGGUGACUGCUGUCUUGGGGAAUUGCGAACUCUUCCGUGUUCCGUGUUGCAUCUGAUAUCGCCAGUUUAGAUUUUAGCAUGAGUAACAAGGGCGAGCCUGUCAAACUGCUACUGGGUCUUUCUGAGCAGCGAAAGUUUUGGUCUCAAACGGUUCUCUGGCAUUUUGUUGGUUGCUAUGAGAGCUUCCAUCUGCCUGGGGUUGUGUUUGUUACUAGUUUUCAUUGGGAAUUAUUAUUAAAUACUGCGGUUUCAAUUGUUUA